GAAGUGUGCAGAGCCAUUUGUAAAUAACGCAUGCGUAUACAGUACUGCCUAUAUAUAUAUACGUGUUUGUGUUCAGCUGAAUGGCGAAAGAAUAAGUUAACAACAAUGGUUCUAUGGCCCUCACGUCAUUAAAUGCGGAUUAAGGCGACACAAUGAGUGAAAUAUACCCUACAAAACGUGUGUCUUAUUCAAGCUUAUUCCUAAUCGUUUUUGCGCUUUUUGUUUAUCCGGAGAGUGGGAAUGGAAGCAUACAAGAAAAUAAAAGUACCCCUUCAGUCACAGCAGAAGAAAUUCGGCGAAAAUGGGAUGCAGUGGAAAUCGUUAGAGAUUUAGACCACAUAAAAGAAGACAUGAAUAAUAUUAUGGAACUCCAGGAAACGGGAGCAAUAUCUCCAAAUGACUUUUUAUUUUAUUUCUUUCGUAUGCACGACUUUGAUGACAAUAAGAUGUUAGAUGGUAUAGAGUUGAUAGCCGCUGUUCGCCACUCUUUCGACCACUCGAAUCAACCAGAGGCUGGCAUGCCGUUAGAUGAACUCGUUCAAAUAGUUGAUUCCUUUUUCAAAUACGACGACGACAAGAAUGGAUUUUUGACAUAUCCAGAGAUGAGAAAGAACCUUGGAGACACAAUACAGACCGAUGAGGAGCAGAGGCGAUGAUUCCCUUCCCCCGUGAGACAUCGGUAAGUCUACGGACUUACAACGCUAAAAUCCGGGGUUCGAGUCCACGCAGUAGAUAGCUCAAUGUGGCUUUGUUCCAGAACAAACAAACUAGACAAUUUUUUAAAAUUUAUAUUUAAUUGUGUUUUCUGUAAAAAAAAUGAUUGUGGCAAUAAAUACAUUGUUUUAUCUUUAA